AUGGUUGAUGCGAUUGAAGAAUACGCAUUCUUAUCAGAAUGGUGGUCUAAUUCCGUAUUAAAAGUGUAUAUGGAUGAGGAUGAUUUUGAUAAUUAUCUUGGUAAAGAGCAUACAUUAGCUGUGUUAAACCAUACCUAUGAAAUUGAUUGGCUAAUAUUAAGUAGUGUUAUGAAUAAUCGAGAUGCAAUAGGAACUGUACGAACAUAUGGAAAAAAAUCCCUUCAAUACUAUCCAGUAGUUGGAUGGACGCAUUAUUUAUCUGAAGGAAUAUUUUUAUGUAGAUCGUAUGAUAAAGAUGAAAAAAUAAUUAAAGAGAAAGCUCGUGAAUAUUGUGAUUAUCCAAAUCCUGUUACGGUAUUUUUAUGCCCAGAAGGAACUCGAUACACUAAGGAAAAAUCUGUUAAAUCAAUAGAAUUUGCAAAAAGUAAAAAUUUACCAAUAUUUAAACAUCUUUUGACAAUUAAAACAAAAGGUUUCACAGCAACUUUACCAAAUAUUAGAGAUAAAUUUGGAAGUAUUUUAGACAUUACACUUGCAUUUGAUCCAAAUGGGGUCAAACCAACUAUGUUAAGUUUAUUAAAUGGUUAUUCUUUAACAGGUCACGUUUAUAUCAAACGAUAUCCCAUGAAAGAUGUCCCAUCAGAUGCAGAAGAAGCCGCAAAGUUUUUAAAUGAUUUAUUUGUGCAAAAGGAUAAAUUAUUGGAGAGCUUUUUCACAACUGGAAGUUUUUUCACUUUAUCAAAUGUACAAGAAAUACCACCGAUAGAAAUAACAAACGAAUUAAAAACAGUGGAUGUAAGUUGA